CUAGUAAAAUAUACGGGCCUAAAAACUCUCGCUACUGUUCUCCCUGGUCUCCACAAUCCCCUGCUUGAUCCCUCUUUAUCUCUCACACUCCUCACUCUAUUCAUUACAACUCAACACACGUUCUUUACAUCUUUUUUUCACCUUGAAACCCUAGACCCAUACCCGGUGCCGCCCCCCAAAGCGCGGAGCCACCACCGCCACCACCCGACCCACCCUCACGGACCACACUCGGAUCCUCGCUGCCCCCGAGACACGUGUCACCACCCUCCCCAACGGCCUCCGUGUGGCCACCGAAUCGAGCCUCGCAGCGCGCACCGCCACCGUUGGCGUGUGGAUCGAUGCCGGGUCAAGGUUCGAGACGGAGGAGAGUAACGGCACUGCGCAUUUCCUUGAGCACAUGAUCUUCAAGGGCACGGAGAAGCGCAACGCUAGGGAGCUCGAGGAGGAGAUCGAGAACAUGGGAGGCCACCUCAACGCCUACACCUCAAGAGAGCAGACUACUUAUUACGCUAAGGUCGCUGACAAGGACGUGCCUAAGGCACUCGAUAUCUUGGCGGAUAUUCUUCAGAACUCGAGGUUCGAUGAGAAUCGCAUCAGCCGCGAGCGUGACGUGAUCCUCAGGGAGAUGGAAGAGGUUGAGGGCCAGACAGAGGAAGUGAUUUUUGAUCACUUGCAUGCAACUGCUUUUCAGUACACCCCUCUUGGUAGAACCAUCCUUGGGCCUGCUCAAAACAUUAAGACGAUCACCAAAGAUCAUCUGCAGAACUACAUUCAGACACAUUACACUGCUCCUAGGAUGGUGAUAGCUGCUUCUGGAGCUGUUAAGCAUGAAGAUAUUGUUGAGCAAGUGAAAAAAUUGUUCACCAAGUUAUCAACAGAUCCUACCACAGCAUCUCAAUUGGUUGCUAAAGAACCAGCAAUUUUCACUGGUUCUGAGGUGAGGAUGCUUGAUGAUGAAAUUCCUCUUGCACAAUUUGCGGUAGCUUUUGAAGGAGCAUCUUGGAAGGAUCCAGAUUCAAUCGCUCUGAUGGUCAUGCAAGCUAUGUUAGGUUCUUGGAAUAAGACAGCGGGUGGUGGAAAACACAUGGGUUCUGAGUUAGCACAGCGAGUUGGCAUCAAUGAAGUUGCUGAAAGCAUGAUGGCUUUCAACACUAACUACAAGGACACUGGUCUUUUUGGUGUUUAUGCUGUUGCUAAGCCGGAUUGCUUGGACGAUUUGUCAUAUGCAAUAAUGUAUGAGACAACCAAGUUAGCUUAUCGGGUUUCAGAUGAUGAUGUUACCCGUGCUCGUAAUCAGUUGAAAUCUUCGCUGCUGCUUCACAUAGAUGGAACAAGCCCUGUAGCUGAAGAUAUUGGACGCCAGCUACUUACAUAUGGCCGGAGAAUCCCAUUUGCUGAAUUGUUUGCUAGAAUCGAUGCUGUUGAUGCAAGCACAAUUAAACGUGUUGCAAACAGGUUUAUUUAUGACAAGGAUAUUGCUAUUGCUGCAAUGGGACCUAUUCAACGUUUGCCCGACUACAACUGGUUCAGACGCAGAACCUACUGGAACCGCUACUAGUUCAUCUUAGUUUUCUGCUUAAUUCAUCUCCAAGGGAGGUCUGGCAUAAAGUUUUGUUUCAAUGUACAACAUGUAUGCCUCUGGUAGCUGUUAGCCGCCAAUUUUUAUUUUUUAUAGGCCUGUGUUUCUCUAACAUUCAUGCGAAAAUAAGUAUGCUUUUGUCAUUGAUGUAAUUGGCAUCGUUGAUUCUGCGUUAAUGCUUGUUGCAAAAGUAGGUAUUGCCUUGAAGUUGCCUUGUAUCUUCCUGACAUAACACUUGCAUAUGGUCCUGUUUAAAAGGUUAAGCCUGAA